CAUCCCUUGGGAAGAUAGUGAAGGCAAGAGUUUUUAGGAGUCUAGGAGACGUAUCGCUUUGUCCAUUCCUAAGGCCUCCGUGUACCAUCCCUCUUGCGUGCUCUUCCUAACUUCCUGUAAUUAUCGCGUCGGUUUUAUUGCCAAUAGCAGCAGAAGUGGCGUGAAGGGCGUCAGGAGCAGCCAUGGCGAGCACAGCGGCAGAAGGCGAGGAGGCACAGGCGGCAACGCGUCGCGAUCUGUACGAAGUGCUGGGGGUCGCACGUGAGGCGACGGAUGACGAGAUUAAGAGCGCGUAUAAGAAGCUCGCUCUCAGAUAUCAUCCAGACAAGAACGCCAACGAUCCGGAGGCGACGGACAAGUUCAAGGAGGUCGCGUUCGCUUACAGUAUUCUCUCCGACCCGGACAAGCGCCACCAGUACACCAUCAGGGGCUUCGACGCGGUGAACAUGGAGGACCUGGACGACUCUCUGGACCUGUCGGGGCUCAGCACCUUCAACACGGCAAUGGUCGCGCUCUUCAGCAAGCUAGGCGUGCCGAUAAAGACGUCCGUGUCGCAGGCGGUGCUGGAGGAGGCUUUAAGUGGGACUGUCACCCCGCGCACCCUGCCCCUGGGCGGAUCCAUCAGUGACAGGGUGGAGAAGCAGAGGGCGCAUUUCUACAGCGUGACACUGACAGAGGAGCAGGCCAGGAAUGGGCUCGUCGUCAGAGCCACUUCCUCCGCCUCAGGCAAAUUCAAGCUACUAUACUUCGACUGGCGCUCAGAGACAGGCGGACUGGACCUAUCCAUGCAGGAGAGCAGCAUCAAGUACGGCAAGGCAUCGCAAGCGUGCCUCUUCUUCCUCGGCUUCCAGUGCUACCGCUACGACCCCACUGCCAGUGCUUUGGAGAUGGCGCGUGACCCGGAGACGGCGCUGUUCUACCGCCUGGACGGGCUGAGCAAGUGCGAGGUCAACGAGCUCAAAGACGGCACACAUGUCUUCGCUGUCUACGGCGACAACUUCCUGAAGAGCACGUCGUACACGAUCGAGGCGGUGCCCGUGCCGCCGGAGUCCCCGGCGGUGGCGGAGCUGCAGUGCGUGGAGGCGGAGCUGCUGGCCAAGAAGGAGCGCGUGCGCAAGUUUGAAAAGGAGUUCCGCGAUGCCGUGGCCAAGUACGUGGAGGUGGUGACGCAGUACAACAAGGAGAAGGAAGAAGUAGACGACCUGCUAUCCACGCGAUUCGCCACCAUGGACCUCUUCACAUCCGCCAACAUGGGAGGAGCAGGCCCCCCUGCCGACCCCCGCAGCCCCUCCGCUGCAUCCCUUUCCGAGAAUGGCCGGGCGGGGUCGGAUGACCAGCAGUUGCAACACCAAACCAGCCGCUCCAAGUCUAAAAAGUGGUUCCCCUCGUUCCUAAAGACCUCGUGAAAGUCUUCCGCAAGCGGAGCUUCCUUUGUUUGGUAGUGAGUGCCCCUCUCCUUUUCGGUGCCGUAUACGGCUUGUUUGGAGAUUCAGUGUGCAGGUUCAGCUCUAUGUAUGUAAUGCGGCAGCACAGGGUGCAGUUUGUUGUAUCCUUGGUGUGUUUAGCCUCCAUUAGUUGUAGGUCCUAGUUACUAGUUCCACUUCGAUAUUGUCUAUCUAUGGCCUGCAGGCUGUAAUACAAGUGUUCCCCUGGCAGCUAGUUUGUAGCCAUUGUUGUUACUACCGCAUGUUUAUAAUCCUU